AUGGCGACGACAAUCUACGCCGACGACCCCACAUAUACGGCGACGUCCUCGGCCGCCGGCUCCACGGCCUUCUUCGUCCUCUCCCUCCUCUCCACCUGCGGUCUCGUGCUGCUCCUGCUACGCUACUACCUCCCUCUCCGCACGACACCAGCGCAUGUCGUCAUCCCCGUCUUCCUUGCUAUCGCGUUGCCCGCCAGCAUCGUCGUGCUUCUCCCUAUCGAUCUUGCCAGCAGCGCGGGGACGGACACAGAUGGGGCGCGUGGCAUCUGGCUCAGCGAUACGGUCGUCUACAAGUCGUGGCGCAUCGUGUAUUGGCUGACCUUUGCGCUGACGUGGGCGAUCCUGCCGCUUUUGGGCGAAUACUGCGACUCGGGAUACCGCGAGCCCAAGGCGCGGGUGCUGUAUGCGCUGAGAAGCAACGGGCGAUACUGGCUGAUUAUGCUGGGAUGUAGUAUCGUGGGCUCAGUAUACCUGAUUUGGUACAACGGCUUCGAACUGGAAACGUUCAAAUCGCUGGCCAUGGCGCUGGCGUACACUUGGGGUCUGAUACUUGGUAUUUACCUGAUGGGACACGGGCUGGUUGCUUUUCCGAGGAGUCUGUUCAGAUAUGCGAGUAUCAGUGGACGCCUCAAGAAGAUUCAGGGCCAGGCGCCUAAGGUCCAUGAGAAGCUGGUUGAGGCGCUGGAGAAACUCGAUCAAUACGAGCAUCAGGUUGUGCAGCUUAAGCAAAGGAAGAACAGUACAGCAAAGGAAUUCCAAGAGUGGAUUGAUGAGCUGGCAGAAAAGGGCAGCUUGCCAGAAAGUAGAGCAGGCACUGUAGGCCGCUCAAGCGCGACCACCGUCCCGCCAGUUAUUACGGAGCGAUAUCUAGCAGACUUGACAAGGAAGCUGAAGAGAGCACGCCAUGCCAAAAAUCGCUUCGAGAACGAGUGGGACAUAACAGUCCGCAAAGCAGUCCGCACGCAAGCAAUCCUUGACUCCGAAGGCAGCCAGCGCCUCGAGUUCAAGACUGCCACCUAUCCAACGCCUCAACACUGGCACAAUCGAUUCACCCUCCUCACACCAUACACGCGGUAUCAUUUCCAUGUAAACGUUGUUCCAGCAUUGACUUACGGUUCCUGGGUCAUCACGGUCCUUGCCUCGAUAUCUAUAGUCUGGUCCGAAUGCGUGCGUGAGCUCCAAGAAAUUGGCGGCCACAAGUUAUCCAUUAUCGGCUGGACUGUCGUGCAUCGCCAGUCCUCCUCUCGUUCGCAAAUCGGUUUCGGGGGUCAAAUCAUCGCCGCAGCCUGGUUGUGCUACAUGUGCAUCUGCGCCUUCUUCUCGCUCACCGAAGUGAAGAUCUGGGGAAACCGCGCCCUCGUGCGUCGCAACACUUAUCAAGAAUCCGCCACCUGGUACGGGCUGCAAGUCGCCAAGCUCACAGUCCCACUGUCGUACAACUUCUUGACUAUGACCGACAAACCGAUCUGGAACGAGACCAUGUUCCAUAAAUUCCUUGGCAGACUCAUCGAUCUGAGUCCACUGGGCAAGAACUUCAGCUCUUUCUUCCCCAUCUUCAUCCUCGUCCCCGUUUUCGCCACUACAUUCGGUCUGUACGGCAAGAUCCGCAAUAUCUGCGGCUUUGGCGACCUGCUCGAAGACGACGAAGACGAAGCGGGCACGUACGCAGGGAGCGGUAGCUGGCGCGAGGGCCGCGCGCUGAUCGAGCGCGAGAUCCAGAGCGCCAGUGGCAACGUAUUGGGCUUGAGUAGUCGCCACGGUGCUGCAACGAGCCCGCCUCCGGAGCAGUACACCGAUACUCCUGCGCUGUUGGCCGGCGAGCCGAGUUCCAUCACAGACACUGUCUCCAACGCACCUGCGCCUCGCGCGCGCCCGGAGCGACGCAGACCCCUUAUCGAAGACGAUGAAGAUACAGGGAAUUUCUUCGAAAACUUUGCCAGUCGCGUUAAGAAUACAUUCGAGGCUACAGACUUCUCCAUCACGAGACCGGCGUGGAUGGGUGGCGACGAUGAAAUCGAUGCCGGAAGACGCGAUAGAGGGUCAGACCGGCGAGAAGGGUUCAUGAGCUUGUUUGGCGGCAGAGCGGAGGAGGGCCGUGUGCGUUUGUGA